CCUUCCCCCCACCGCCUCGGCGCGCCAGCCCCUCUCCCCUCUCCCAAUCGGGCGCACCCACCCCAGAUGCCGCCUGGCACCAAGCGUAGCCGCCGCCGGCGCCGCAGCAGCACUUUCCACUUGCACUGAUCUCCUCCGAGCCCCGCUCUGCCUGCUCGCCGGAGCGGAGCGCGGUCCGCGCGCCUGCCCUUGUCAGCCUCGCAGCAGUAGGGCUCCAGGAGGCAACUCCUUGGGAGCGCCCUGUCCGGGGUGCCCUCUGCGCUCUGCAGUGUCUUUCUCUCGCCUGGGAGGAGGAGGAGAAGAAAGAGGAGGAGGACGACGACGACGACGUCUGGUCCGGGCUGGGAGGUGGAGCAGCGGCAGCCGCCGCCGCCGCCGCCGCCGCCGCCGGAAAGGGAGAGGCAGGAGAGAUCGAGACUUGGAAACCCCAAAGUGCCCGCGACCCUGCACGGCAGGCUCCCGGCAGGCUCCCUUCCAGCUUCAUGGGCAAAGUGUGGAAACAGCAGAUGUACCCUCAGUACGCCACCUACUACUACCCCCAGUAUCUUCAAGCGAAGCAGUCUCUGGUCCCAGCCCACCCCAUGGCCCCUCCCAGCCCCAGCACCACCAGCAGUAAUAACAACAGCAGCAGCAGUAGCAACUCAGGAUGGGACCAGCUGAGCAAAACGAACCUCUAUAUCCGAGGGCUGCCUCCCAACACCACAGACCAGGACCUGGUGAAGCUGUGUCAGCCAUAUGGGAAGAUAGUCUCCACGAAGGCAAUUUUGGAUAAGACAACAAACAAAUGCAAAGGUUAUGGUUUUGUCGACUUUGACAGUCCUGCAGCAGCCCAGAAAGCUGUGUCUGCCCUGAAGGCUAGUGGGGUUCAAGCUCAAAUGGCAAAGCAACAGGAACAAGAUCCUACAAACCUAUAUAUUUCUAAUCUGCCACUGUCCAUGGAUGAGCAAGAACUUGAAAAUAUGCUCAAACCAUUUGGACAAGUUAUUUCUACAAGGAUACUACGGGAUUCCAGUGGCACAAGUCGAGGUGUUGGCUUUGCUAGGAUGGAAUCAACAGAGAAGUGUGAAGCCGUUAUUGGUCAUUUUAAUGGAAAAUUCAUUAAGACACCACCUGGAGUUUCUGCUCCUACAGAACCUUUGUUGUGUAAGUUUGCGGACGGAGGACAGAAGAAGAGGCAGAACCCAAACAAAUACAUCCCUAAUGGAAGACCGUGGCAUCGAGAAGGAGAGGUGAGACUUGCUGGAAUGACACUUACUUAUGACCCAACCACAGCUGCUCUACAGAACGGAUUUUAUCCUUCACCAUACAGUAUUGCUACAAACCGAAUGAUCACUCAAACUUCUCUUACACCCUAUAUUGCAUCUCCUGUAUCUGCCUACCAGGUGGCAAAGGAAACCAGAGAAAACAAGUAUCGGGGCUCUGCUAUCAAGGUGCAAAGUCCUUCUUGGAUGCAACCUCAACCCUAUAUCCUACAGCACCCCGGGGCCGUGUUAACUCCCUCGAUGGAGCACACCAUGUCACUACAGCCUGCGUCUAUGAUCAGCCCUCUGGCCCAGCAGAUGAGUCAUCUGUCACUAGGCAGCACCGGAACAUACAUGCCUGCGACAUCAGCUAUGCAAGGGGCUUAUUUGCCGCAGUACACACACGUGCAGACGACAGCCGUUCCUGUUGAGGAAGCAAGUGGACAGCAGCAGGUGGCUGUCGAGACGUCUAAUGACCAUUCACCAUAUUCCUUUCAACCUAAUAAGUAACUGUGAGAUGUACAUAAGGGCGUUCUUACAUGAAGAAGGGUGUGAAGGCUGAACAAUCAUGGAUUUUUCUGAUCAAUUGUGCUUUAGGAAAUUAUUGACAGUUUUGCACAGGUUCUUGAAAACGUUAUUUAUAAUGAAAUCAACUAAAACUAUUUUUGCUAUAAGUUCUAUAAGGUGCAUAAAACCCUUAAAUUCAUCUAGUAGCUGUUCCCCUGAACAGGUUUAUUUUAGUAAAAAAAAAAAAAUCAAAAAAAAAAAACA